AUGGAGGACAGUAUCGUGGAAUACGCGGUCUUCGGUGCUCUAAUGGCCCUCAACUUCGGACUGGGCCUUUACUUCUCGCUGCGUCGGAAGGCGCGCCAGGCCCGGACAACUGUGGAGGUUUUUCUGAGCAGCCGGGCCCUGCGAGCGCUCCCCCUGGCGGCCUCGGUAGUGGCGACCACCGUUUCGUCAUCGGGAAUGGUUGGCGUGACGGGGCACUUCUACGCUCAUGGUUUCCACCUCAUGUGGCAUGCGCUGGCGGUUGUUGUGGUGGCGCCCGUUGCAGCCCAGACUUUCCUGCCAUUGAUGUAUGGGCUGCGGAUCACCUCAGUGUUCGAGUACAUCCGGCAGCGCUUCAACUCAGCCAUUGCGCUGACCGCCUGUAUCAGCUACAUUUUCCUCACGUACCUUUCAGAGGCAUCUGCUUUUGACAUGGUGCUCUAG